UCCGAGAUAGGGGUUUGUAAGCAACACUAUGACUUAUUUGCUUCACCGUAUGAUAUGCAUGCUCAGUUUCCUGAUCCGCUGAAUUAUCUUGGCACUCUACGGUGAACCGCAGUGUGCAGCUGCCCAGCAUUCCCGGUUCGCUGUUGCCAGUGGCUGAACUUUGGGGCGCAACGCAGAUGCAGUUGUUGGAGAUUCACGACCUGCUAAACUUCCUGCCGCCGACAUUGUGAGCCACGACCAUGAAUUGACGCGUCUGCCUACUACCACAGUACCUUUGCCGCCUGCGCUGAGAGAUUGCUUAUCCUCUUCCACGAUCCCUCUUCUUGUACCUGCAACCAAGCCGUUUCAUCUACUCCAAGCAAUAACAGGCGUCUCAUCCAGCACGCGCUGACAAAAUGUCAGGCCUUUUCGGUAGCGCGACUACCACAACCACUCCUUCGAGCACUACUGGAGAUGUGUCGAAAGAUGUUGCCCUCACUUCGCCUCCCGAGGACAGCACGUCUGAUUUGCAGUUCUCACCAGCGGCUGAUUUCUUAGCAGUUGCGUCAUGGGACAAGAAGGUCAGGAUCUACCAAGUCAACGAGCAAGGUCAAAGCGAAGGGAAGGCUGCCAUGGAUUUUGAAGCUCCUGUCCUAAGUUGCGCAUGGUCUGAGGACGGAACCAAAGUUGUCGGCGCCGGCGCCGACAAGACCUUCCGAUUACUGGACCUUGGAUCUGGUAACAUGACCCCUCAAUCACUUGUGGCACAUGAGCAGCCCAUACGAUCAUGUCGCUUUGCCAAUAUCAACAACUCUCCCAUCUUGAUCACAGGCUCCUGGGACCGAACCGUCAAAUACUGGGAUUUACGGUCUCCCAACGCUGUCGCGACUCUGCAAUGUCAAGAGCGAGUCUAUACAAUGGACGUCAAGAAUAAACUCCUGGUGAUCGGCACGGCGGACCGGUACAUCAACAUUGUCGACCUGAAUUCGCCCGAGAAAUUCUACAAGUCGAUGCAGUCGCCCCUCAAAUUCCAGACAAGAGUAGUUAGUUGCUUCACCGAUGCGACUGGGUUUGCGGUGGGCAGUAUCGAAGGACGAUGCGCCAUCCAGUAUGUGGAAGAAAAGGACUCAUCGAACAACUUCAGCUUCAAAUGCCAUCGGGAUACACCCACCACAGGUCCCCAACGCGAUGUCUCCAACGUCUACGCUGUCAAUGCCAUAUCUUUCCACCCUGUUCACGGUACGUUUUCGACCGCAGGCAGUGAUGGAACAUUCCACUUCUGGGACGGCAACGCGAAACACCGACUCAAGGGCUACCCGAACGUUGGCUCGCCAAUCACAGCAACUGCUUUCAAUCGACAGGGCACCGUUUUCGCGUACGCCGUUUGCUAUGACUGGAGCCAAGGCUACCAGAAGAACACCCCUCAGACCCCGAACAAGAUCAUGCUGCACGGAGUACAACCGGAAGAAGUGAAGCCCAGACCUGGAGGAAAGAAGAGAUGAUGAACCGAGUGCACAUCGUUGGGAGAACUAAUCAUGUCUGUAUGACCACGGAGCGAUGACGAUGGCGCUGGACAAACCCCGCCCUCAACACGGUUGUGACGAAUCGGUAAAGACGCUUAAUGAAAUAUCAUGGUGAGGUGUCGAUUUGAGGGAGAGCAGCUACAGGAGAAAUCACCAAUCCGACGAGUGUCUUCUUGUUUCGGCUUCCGUCGCUGUCGAUAAGGCGCCCACAGGGAAAGCCCCACAGAGACUAGGCGGAGGAGCUUCAGUAGCCGAACAGGGCAGUGACACAAGGAGCUUUGUGGCACAGAUUAUUAGUAUGGCUAAUGUUGACGUCGCGAAGGGACGUGAACAAUCCCCUCCUUGGUGCUCGCCAGUGCUAGGUAUUUGGAUGUACCAUUAGCUCUAGCUGGGAUUUCAAGUCCAAAAAGAACCGGAAAACAACGGAGCGAUACCCCGGGGCGAGGAUGUUUUGGACCUCAAAAGUGGAAAAGACAUGGCCAGUGUAAUUGCAAAACGGCUUUUUUGACAGUAGACAACUCCUCUGCUGCACUACUUUUAAGCCUGCUAUUAGGGCCUGUUCGACAAGCGCAACUUGAAGUGCCAACUAGCAUUAA